AUGUUUGUUUUGCCCUGCGCGAUAAGGAUAGAGCUAGCUUGCUCUCCCACUGCGCUGAUGCCGUCUACGAAUUUGUACGACCUACAAUCGACUCCGCGCGACGACAGUGUCUUUUCCGAUAGCUCGGUACGUUGCCGCACCGUCGCCCCUACUACAACACACUUUCGCCAAGCACCCAGCAGUUUACCAAGUGCACCACGUCAUUCAGUAUUCCGCAUCUAUACGAUUCGAAGUCCUGCAGACAAUAAAGCAGAGAGGCGCAUACAUCCUCGGAUCACUACUGCGAAGGGGCCCUUUAGUUGCUGGGACGGGUCGCUGUUAAUGGCGUUACUCAGUAUCAGAGGCGACUGGUACUUGUUUUUUUGGCUCAUAUAUUGCAAAGUCUACUCUGCUAUUAUAUGGUUGGUCGGCAAUCACUGCCGAGGUGAUAAGGCUCGAUCCGUGAUAAGCGCCGGUGUCGGCGGCCAGUCGCCUGGAGGCCUCCACAGAGUGCGCACGCGUCGCAAGAAGCCGCAGCAGCAUCGAGUGAAGCACACAGUCGCACUAGUGAGGAGACCUUCGUUGAGGAAGACAAUCAUGGCACCAGGAGCUAGCCCCGCCCACGCAAUGAUGGAGGAUAAGGAGAAGGCGUUGCAUUGCGCUCUGGCCAAUGUAUCUCUCCGUACCAGGCGUGUCAGCCAGUUUGCGCCGUUAUUGAUCGCGCUGGUGGGCUUACCGGCCCGAGGAAAAAGCCAGCUCGCCCAUCGUCUUUCCAGACACCUGAACUGGAACGGGGAGAGCACUAAAGUAUUCGAUUGUAGUGAGUAUCGUCGAAGACACAUGGCGUUGUACGGCACCCAUGACAUUUUCCGCGCUGAUAACCAGCAAGGGAUCCGCCAUCCGCCGCCAGAGCGCUCAAGAAGCCGUGCAGGACGCUGUUCUCUGGCUGAAGGAAGGAAACGGUGUUGCCAUCUUCGAUGGAACGAACAUAACCCGAGAGCAACGCAGAGAGCUGAACGAUUACUGUCUAUCAGAAAUGGGAUUCAGGAUUCUGUUCAUCGAAUGCGUCUGCGAAGACCAGGGGUUGCUCGAGAGAAACAUAAUUGA